AUGAUUGGAUUCGUCUAUCCAGCAUAUCAGUCGGUAAUCGCUAUUCGGUCGGAUGACAAAGAAGACGACACGCAAUGGUUAGUGUACUGGACGACGUUCGCCUUCUUCACUGUGCCCGACCAGUUCGCCUCGCAGAUCUACAGCUACUUCCCGCUCUACUGGGCCGUUAAAGCCGUGUUCCUUCUCUACUUGGCAUUGCCGCAGACCUAUGGAGCGCACAAUAUGUAUGCCAAGUAUGUGGAUCCGGCAUUCGACGCGAUUAGCAAUUCCUCGCUGAUGAGGUAG